ACGCAUGAGUCGGUAUCUGUUUCUGCCAGUCAUCCGCGGUGUAAACAAAAGACGAGGAAUGAGUCUAGCACAUUUCCAGAUGUUCUGACUAGGUGCAUUAAAUCCCAAAGACUCGAAAUGGCGUCGACACGACCUAGAACACGGUCCCAGACAAACGGCAACGUGGGAAUCAGCUUUCCACGGUUAGAAGCAAGGUCGUCGGCUUCCAAAGAAAAUGGACUGAUGCCAUCAGUGAUGGUCGCAUUCAAAGGCAGUGUUUCGGCACUAUGUGGAUUAGUGUUUGGAAUCGCUGUUGAAAAAUCAAGGGUAUUUGAGCCUGCAGUUGUUACAAACCAGAUGCUAUUCCGCAAGUUCAUAAUGAUGAAGGUGUUUUUGACAUCGCUCACAGUGGGUAUGUUUUUCCUGUCGGUACUGUCCAUCUUGCCACUUACAAGAAAGAAGUACCUUUUGUCGAGGGCAGCUUUCAUUGGAGGCCUCAACCAGAAGGGUUACUUUGGUAUCUCUGUUGGAGGUUUUAUCCUUGGCUCAGGAAUGGCUGUUGUUGGAACGUGCCCUGGACUUGUUGGAAUACAAAUGGGAGGUGGUGUUCACAACUCAGUGUUUGCACUAGCUGGAGUUUUAACAGGAACUGUACUGUAUGGUGUGACAGAGCCAAUUGUGACCAGUCUUACAGAUCCUACCACACCUAUCAAGUACCACUUUUUGUACCAAUUGAUGGGCUCCCCUCCAUUCAUCAUUUCCUUCCCCGUGUUCUCCAUGCUGGGAAUUGUAGUUUUCUCCCUCGAGAUGAUGUACCCAUGGCAGUAUGAAGUCGCAGUACAAGCCUCAGACAUGGUUGGCAAGCCUAUGCUAGCAAUGCCCUGCUGGCACCCCUACAUCUGUGGAACUUUGAUUGGGUGUCUCCAAGUGCCACUUGUGCUGUUCCUCAAUACUACAUUAGGAGGAAGUAGAUGCUACUGUACUGUGGUGUCACAAGGCAUUGUCAACAACUCCAUGAAGAAAUUAUCGCCUUACCUUGCCAAGUUCAAAAAAGGAUUUGCCAACUGGUGGCAGGUAAUAUUCAUUGGAGGAUCUGCCCUAGGAUCCUAUAUCUCUGCUACAGCUUCAGGCCAGUAUGGUAACGUGGAUGGUGUUUCUCCUGGAGUAGCAUUCCUUGGGGGUGUCAUGAUUAUCUUCGGAGCCCGGAUGGCUGGGGGCUGUACAAGUGGUCAUGGACUUUCAGGAGUGGGACUUCUGAACUUAGCAUCAAUGGCAGCAGUGAUGUGCAUGUUCUCUGGUGGCAUUGUGACAGCCAACCUCCUUGAGCUGAUGUCCUGAAGAAACAACAUUCAUAACCUUUUCUGGCAGCUACUGUUUACAUGUGAAAUGUUUUGUUUUGAUUAGACUUCAGUUUCUGAGGAUUGCUAGAAAGUCUGAAUUCAGAGAGAUUAUGAGCCAUCUAAUAGGCAUCUAUAUACAAGGCAUAAAAUCCUUUAGCUAGAGCUGGAUAUCCAAAAACUUGAAAUAAAUAGAAUAUUUUUUAAAACCAAUAUUCUGUGUAUUGUCACUGACAGGAUCCUACAAAUAUUUAGGAUAAGAUAAAAAAAGCAUUUUGUGUUAAAAAAUUCCCCCUAAAUAGCUUUGUCAUUUCUAAGUCUUAUAAGGACCAUCGCACCAAUAAUUGUAUAUCCUCCAUAUGCCCCAAGAGGCUCAUAUAUCAUUAUUUGUGCAAGGAGGGAGCUAUUGUGACAGCUAGAGUUGGGACUGCAGGAUGAGUUUAUUUUUUUUUUCUAGCCUUUCAUAAUUUAUUAUUAUCACAGUAUAGUGGUGAUUGAUAAGGAAGGAUGCCAGCUCAUGAUCACUCUGAGAGAAGCCAGACCAUUGAUGAAUCCAGAGAAAAGCAACAUCUCAAUUAUAUCUUAUAUGUCACUUUAAUAGAUGUAUAUCAACAUCCAGCCCUAUCUUAAGUUCUCAGAAGUGAUUAAAAUAGGAAUGUUAUCUGAAUUUGACUUAUUCCCAAAUAUCGGCUUCAUUGAAAACCCUAUUUAACAGCAGUGCAUAUAUAUGCUUAAAUAGUAUAGAGUAAGAGAAAUUCAUUAUGUGAUUGGUUUACUCAGGGAAGAUUUGUUAUUACUUCUACUUCCUUGAUAUUUGAUACGCAAUUGAUUUUCUUAUUAUUGUAGUUUGUAUGUACUUUGAAGCACGAGAGGUAGAGUAUGAAAUGUGAUAAAAAUGUGAUGAUGCAAUGAAUUUUAAUACUGUACCAACAUUUUAAAAUCAUAUCAACAUCAAGAUUCUGUGAUUUAUUUGGCUGAAUUUAAUUGAGAUGCGAUGUUUGUUGCCUAAUUUGACUUUAUAUAUAUUUGUAAGAAUGUAGUAGAAUUAUCAUUUAUUUUCCUGAAAAGAUCUUUGCAUUUGCCUUUUAAAUGUUGUGAAUAAUUCUUAAUUUGGUAUUCUUUUACACCUCUGUCAGGUAUAUCUUUUGACAUGAAUGCCCUGUAAAUGUUAUUUGAGCUUUACAAGAGAAACCCUGUUCUGUAUUUGUGAACUGGUUCUGUAUUUGUGAAGCCCUUUUGUGACGGGUAUGUGUACAUAAGAUACCUCUGUUACGUAUUAAAUAACUAUUGCAAUUGUAAUACGCUCAUUUUCAGUGCAAUCAUAUUGUUAUUCAAAUAUAGCUAUAUACUGUUGUAUAUUAAACUUCAAAGGUAUUUGCUAAAUAAGAUUCUCUCAUUCGAAUGGAUUUGUUUCUGAUAACCUGUUUUACUGCUUAAAUUAUUUGCAUUAAGUGAAAAUGCUUGAAAAUUCAGAUGCCAGAUUGUCUAGAAAAAAUAUUGUUUUCACAAAUAAUUACUUCAAACAAUGAUAACCUGAUAUUUGAUAAACAAUAUAUCAUUCCAUUUCUUGCAUGAUUUAAUAUGAUGCAAAUUGAAAGGGAGCAUUAGGUGUGCUAUGUUAAUUAAACAUGACAACCAAAUAUUUAUUGAAAGAUUAUUAUAAUGUUUGUGCAAUCACCUAAAAACAUAUUAAAAUAUGAAUGUUGUGUGUGAAUAUAUUGAUACUAUUAUAUUGAUACAACUAACACUAUUAACAGCUGCCACAGCUAGAAAUGAAAUGUGCUGGAAUUAACUGAAGUCAUAGCUAAUGUGAAUUUGUCUAGAAAUUGUUUUGUUUUGCAUUCAGGAAUUAUAUUACAAAUGUGAUAGUGCCUAUAGAAUUCCGUUUGCUAUUUGUUAAUAAAAUAUUUUGCUCUAAA